GUUUAAUAAUAUUAAUGCCUUUUUUUAUUUUUUUUAGAUUUUUGGAUGGUGUCAAUAAAUUUUUUGGAUAAUUAUGUGAUGGUUUUAAUGGUAGUACUAACCCCAUUAUUUACUUUGUUUUCUAGGAUUUUAUUAUGGUACGUAGGUUUUUUAUUAAAUUGGGUGAUAAUGGUGCUAUUAAACAAAACUAAUAAUGCCUUCUUAUUUUUGUAGCGUUUUU